AUGAUAUUGUUAUUGCAAAGUGAAAGUCUGAAAGUCAUACAAGAUGUCAAGCAGCAGCUAAGCACAAAUUUCCUACUCAAAGAUUUAGGCCCUUUGAAGUACUUUCUUGGGCAAGAAGUGGCUAGGCACAAAAAGGGCAUUGCAGUAUGCCAAAGGAAAUAUGCAGUUGAGUUACUUGAAGAUACAGGUUUCACAAGUGCAAAACUUGUGUUCAAUCCUACAGUUCCUUCCCAUAAACUGAGCAGGAAUGAAGGAGAGUUCCUUGAAGAUAACAGUCAAUACAGGAGAAUUGUUGGUAAACUUUUUUACUUAACAAUAACUAGACCUGAUAUUAGCUUUGCCACUCAGCAGUUGUCCCAAUUUCUUGACAAGCCCACAGAUCUACACUUGCAAGCAGCACAUAGAGUGCUGAGAUAUAUUAAAGCUGCUCCUGGGCAAGAAUUUGGGGUUGAUCACAGUGAAGCAGUGGCUAUAUAUUGUGAUAGCAAAUCAGAUGUGGCAAUUGCAGAGAAUCCUGUAUUCCAUGAAAGAACCAAGUACAUAGAGCUGGACUGUCAUCUUGUUAGAGAAAAGCUACACAAAGGGCUCAUCAAGUUGUUCCACAUUGCCUCUGAAAAGCAGCUAGCAGAUCCCUUCACUAAGACACACUACCCUACAUCCUUUCAGCAUUAUAUUUCCAAGCUUGGAUUAGUGAAUCUAUAUAAUCCAGCUUGCGGGGGGAUUUCAGGAGAAGAAGCAAAAUGA